AUGUCAGACGACGCGUCUGAGCCCUCGCCACUCUCCUCCUCCGCCAUCCCCUCCUCGUUCGACUCGACCCCGGAAUUCUACGAAGAAAAGCGCUUCCAGAAGCUAUGGCGCAAGCUGCGUCAAGAGCCCCUCAUCCCCCUGGGCUGCGCGGCGACGUGCUACGCGCUGUACAUGGCCACCAAAUCAAUCCGCGCAGGCGACCACCAUCAGACGAAUCGCAUGUUUAGGGCCAGAAUCUACGCCCAGGGGUUUACACUUUUGGCGCUAGUGGCGGGGAGUAUCUUCUACAAGGACGAGCGGCUGAAGAGAAAGGCCUUUGAGGCCAAGUUGGAGGAGAAGAAAACCGCGGAGAAGAGGGAGAAGUGGCUGGCCGAGUUGGAGGCCCGGGACAAGGAGGAUAGAGAGUGGAGGGAGCGCAUUGAACGGGCGAGUGUGGCUGCGAGGGAUGGGGCUGAGGGGUUCAAGGAGAAGGCGGGCAGGAAGAUCGAGGAGCUGGUUCCCCCGCCUGGAGACUUGCAGUCACAACAGGAGGAAGGGAACAAGAAGGCGGGCUGGGUGUUUGGGAAUAAGAGCGUGCUGGAGGAGGUGUGUGAGGAGGGCUGGGGUCCUGGGACGUGGGCACGGAGGGCGAGAGAUGCUUGGAGGAGGGCUUGA